AUGGUUUUACGAAGCGGAAAUGAAUUAGAAGGACCUAAAAUUGAAGCUUCAAAGGACAAGGAUGAAGAGGAGAUCGAAAGAGAGAUAGAGAAAGCUGCUCAUGAAGAACCAAACAAGGUAACUUCUGAAACGCCUACUUACCCUAAGACUAGCCCAACACCAUUUCCUUGCAGUUUAGAGAAACCGAGGAAGAGUGAUAAAAAUAAGGAGAUGGUGGAGAUGUUUAGAAAAUUGGGAUUGAGCAUACCUUUGUUGGAUGUUAUCAAGCAAGUUCCGAAGUAUGCCGAAUUCUUGAGGAACUUUGCACGAAUAAAAAGAGAUUGUAAGGAGAUGAGUGCAUUAUUGCUGCCGAGAGUGUAUCUGCUGUUAUACAACAUAAAAUCCCUCCUAACUGUGGCGAUCCAAGCUAAUGAAUUAAUUGUUCCUGUGGAUUUUUAUGUGCUUGACAUGCGUGAUGAUAACUCUCCAAAUCCUUCACAGAUAUUGCUUGGUAGACCAUUUAUGUGCAUUGUACAAACUAAAAUAGAUGUCAAGCAGGGUAUACUUUCUAUGGAGUUUGAUGGUGAAAAAGUACAAUUUAAUAUUUCCGAUGCUAUGAAAUACCCUGGAGAAUCUAACGUUUUGUAUAGCUUGGAUGUUUUUUAUGAGAUCGUGCAAGAAAUUCUUACUGCAAGUGGAAAAGACCCUUUGGAGAUUGUUCUGCAUACUAUCUUGAUGCGCAAUUCAGUGCAGAAAAAUUGA